GUUAAGAAAAAAUCCAAAGAAGAGAACUCGUCCAAAUCUCGAAUGAGUUCAUUUUCUCGGCUGUUUGGAGCUGAUUUGUUAGCGAAAAUGCCUUGCGCGUGUAACCGGAGGAACUGGAGACGGUGGAUUCGUCCCCUGCUCGUCCUCAUCUACGUUGUGUCUAUUCUGGUCGCUGUUCCCUUGUGCGUCUGGGAACUGCAGAAACUUGAGGUUGGCAUACAUACUAAAGCAUGGUUUAUUGCUGGAAUCUUCUUGCUGUUGACAGUACCUGUGUCACUCUGGGGAAUACUACAACACUUAGUACAUUAUACACAGCCGGAGCUGCAAAAACCAAUUAUAAGGAUUCUUUGGAUGGUUCCCAUUUACAGUUUAGAUAGCUGGGUGGCUUUGAAAUAUCCCAAAAUCGCAAUAUAUGUGGAUACCUGGAGAGAAUGCUACGAAGCUUAUGUCAUUUAUAACUUUAUGAUAUUCCUUAACAAUUUCCUGAGAUUCCGAUUCCCAAACCUGAUGUUACACCUUGAAGCCAAAGAUCAGCAAACACAUCUUCCACCAUUAUGCUGCUGUCCACCGUGGGCAAUGGGGGAAAUGUUGCUAUUUAGAUGCAAGCUGGGUGUACUACAGUAUACAGUGGUCAGGCCAUUUACCACAGUUACUGCAUUGGUCUGUGAGAUACUCAAUGUAUAUGAUGAAGGGAACUUUAGUUUUUCCAAUGCUUGGACUUACUUGGUUAUAAUAAAUAAUGUAUCUCAGUUGUUUGCCAUGUACUGUCUCCUGCUAUUUUAUAAAGUACUAAAGGAAGAGCUAAGUCCUAUACAACCUGUUGGCAAGUUUCUCUGUGUAAAGCUGGUGGUUUUUGUUUCCUUUUGGCAAGCAGUAGUUAUUGCUCUGUUGGUCAAAGUUGGCGUUAUUUCUGAAAAACGUACCUGGGAAUGGCAGAGUGCAGAAGCUGUGGCCACAGGACUUCAGGAUUUUAUAAUUUGCAUUGAGAUGUUCUUUGCGGCUAUUGCUCAUCAUUACACGUUCUCAUAUAAACCAUAUGUGCAAGAAGCAGAAGAAGGGUCAUGCUUUGAUUCUUUCCUUGCUAUGUGGGAUGUUUCAGAUAUCAGAGAUGAUAUUUCUGAACAAGUAAGGCGUGUUGGAAGGACAGUGCGAGGCUACUCCCAAAAAAAAAGUUUUCCUGAAGAUCAAGAGCAAAAUGAACAUACGAGUUUACUGUCCUCAUCCUCACAAGAUGCAGUUUCUGCUGCUUCUUCAAAGCUGUCUUCACCCCUAGGGCAGUACCAAGGCUUUGGACACACAGUUACUCCACAGACUACACCAGCUACGAUACGUGAAGAAGUAGUUGACAUUCCAGAAGAGCAAAAAGGGCCUGAUGAAGCGACGGACCAGUAAAUACUGUGUGAAAGCAAACUGCCACAAUCAUUGUUUUAUGUGGCCUACGAAUGGGGCUAAGGACACCUGAAAAAGAAAAUUUCAAAACAGAGGCAAAAACCACGUACAACUACUAUAUAUAUAUAUAUAUGUUUUUUAUAUCAAAAUAAUGUUUAAAUUUCCUGUGUUCUUAUGUCCUAAUGUUAGAAUAUCAUGUAUUCAUGCAGUAGCAAAUUACUCCAGCUGAAUGCUCUUAGAAUUACAUUGCAUUUUGCAAGAAGAUGGACAUUCACAAAAAUCAAUGCUUCUGCCACUGCUGCAUGAAUGUUAUGCUCUGGACAGAAAACGGAAAUAAAAAAUUCAGAUUUGUUAAAUUUAAUCAUAAUCCUAAUCAUGUGCCACUUAAGCUUAUGUUACAAUUACCUCUUAAGUAGGUAUCUUUCUUUCAAUAAAUCAGUUACCAUUUUCUGCAA